AAAUACUUAAUGUCACAAAAUUUUUUUUAGAAAGAAUUAAGAAAAGAAAACUUUUUGAUAAAAAUAUAAAAAAUUUAAUAAAAUAAAUUAAAAAUGGCUAAUAUACGAGCUCAACAACAAUAUUCACUUAGAUGGAAUAAUUAUUUACGUCACAUAACAUUUGCAUUUGAUGAUUUAAAAAGUAAUGGCGAUUUAGUGGAUGUAACCUUAUGUUGCGAUGGCCAAAAAAUAAAAGCACACAAAGUUCUUUUAUCAGCAUGUAGUGCAUAUUUUAAGGAAAUAUUUAAAGAUAAUCCUCAUCCACAUCCAGUUAUAGUGUUUAAAUUUAUUAAAUUUGAGGAUUUAAACGCUAUCAUACAAUUUAUAUAUCAAGGUGAAGUCAAUGUUCAACAAGAUACACUACAAUCAUUUUUACAAACUGCUGAAUUAUUAGCAAUUCAAGUUGUUAAGGGUACUGAAAUAAAAUUUAUAGUAAAAAUUAAAAGUAACAUUCCAGAAUUAAGAAAUGUACCAGACAUUAUGCAACAAAAUGCUAAUGAACAAAGGACACAAACUGUAGAAAAAAUUACUGCUAUAAGAGAAUAUGAAAUAUCAGAAGACCCAGAAAUCGUAAAUGAAAAAUUACAUCCUGUAUCAAAUGCAAUACAAAUGAAAAUAGAUCCAAAUAAAAAUAUUUCAAAAGGUACAUUUACACAAUCAGCUGAACAGCAAUCAGAUAAAAAAUACCACUACAAUUGGUUUCCUCGCAUCAGCAAAUAUAAAGGACUAGAAAGUUUCUACUGA